AUGUCACGAAGUAAAUGUCUGAGUGAGGAAGAUAUGCUCCGUAUAUUGGAAAACAGUGAUGAAAAAGAUAAUGUUAUGCAAGGAAUCGAACCUGCUGUAGAAGACGCAGAUGAAGACGAUUUAUUGGACACUCCGCUCCUGCCUUUCGAAGAAAAUAGAUCUGUUAGUCCUACUCCGGCUCAAGUAUUGCCUACGACUUGGCAAAAUAAUAUACAAGAUUUGCCAAGAGAAGAAUUUACGGGUUAUGCUAAUGGGAAACGUCAUGUACGGCUAUUUUCUGAAAAUACAGACCUGUGGACUAUUUUUUCUCAUAUUUACAAUGAAGAUGUUAAUCAAUUGAUGGUCGAAGAAACAAAUCGUUAUGGUUCUCAAAUGAGAAUUAAUCGUAAUAAUAAGCCGUAUAGUCGUAUAAAUAGAUGGAAACCUGUUACUUCGGAGGAAAUGAGAAAGUUUGUAGGCAUAUAUUUGCUUACCGGACUUCUGAACUUCCCUUCCAUUGAAUCUUAUUGGAAAAACGAUCCACUAUACUAUCAUCCACUCCUCCAUGACAUGAAAAUGUCUUACAAUCGAUUUUCUCUAAUACUAAGGUGUUGGCACUUUUCUAACAAUGAAGUUCAUAAUGUGGAUGACAGGCUGUACAAAAUACAGCCGCUAAUAAAUAAGCCCAUGAAUAACUCGCGAAGCAUAUACACUCCUGGCGAAACAAUCGUUGUGGAUGAAUCGAUGGUCGGUUUCCGAGGAAGACUUUCGUUUCGCACUUAUAAUCCACAAAAAGCCCACAAAUAUGGCAUAAAAAUAUACAAGUUGUGCUGUUCUAAUGGAUUUACAUGGAGUUACUCUAUAUAUGAUGGACGGUCACACCAAUUGCCUGGUUUAGACAAACCAGGUACAGUUGUGGUGUCUCUGGCUGAACUGUUACUGGAUAAGGGCAGGAUCCUUAUUGCUGAUAAUUACUACACCAGUGUACCUUUGGCGAGAUAUCUCAAGGAACGCAAAACUGAUUUCUGUGGCACAGUCCGUAAAGCGAGGCGUGAACUUCCACCACAAGUAAUUCAACAGAAACUUCAAAAAGGUCAAAUAGCUGCGCAACAAAACGAAUGUGUGAUUGCCCUAAAAUGGCAUGACAAACGCGAUGUUCUGACUUUGUCAACGUGUCACUCCCACGAGAUGCAAAUGUCAAAAGGGUUUCGCCCCGUUUUGAAGCCAAAAAUGGUACUAACUUACAACGAAGGCAAGAAGGGAAUUGAUAUUGCUGACCAGCUCACAAGCUUUAAUUCGCCUGUUCGAAAAUCAUGUAUAUGGUACAAAAAAAUAGCGGCGGAUCUUUUGGCUACAUGCGUGGUCAACGCCAUUGUAAUUUACAAUCAAUUGCAUCCAUCCAACGAAAAAAAUUACACUGCUGCAGGUAUAUCAUUAGAUUCAAGCAUCAUUAAGAUACCGAGAUCAAUUAUUGCAGAGUCCGUUAUAACUAUAAAUGGAACACUGAAUAACGCUCAUAAUGUGUUGUCCGUGGCGUUACUAGAUGAAGUCCGCAACAUGUAUGUAUGUAGAAUGGUGUUUGAUACCGCCUCCAACAUUAUUGCUGUGGAAUCUGAACUUACGGAGCCGAGUAUCAACGAGUAUAGCAUUGAAAAUUUAUAUCCCGAAAUGUCAAUUGCGUUUACUGUUCGAAUGGAAGCAAGAGUUUACAAUGGGCAACAACUCAUAAACCUAUAUUUUGAAGCUGAUAACGCCGGUGAACUGCCGAUAGAUCAUUGUCGAAUAAAAAAUUUUAAUAAUAUUGAAAGGAUUGUUAUUAAGGGGGUGAAAUCGAUCAGCAGUUUACUUUUUAAGUAUGAUUGA